AUGGGUGAGGCUGGCCAUCGGUUGGAGUCGAUUCUCCAUCAUUUGACUCUUCCUGAGACGAUCUCACUACUCUCCGGGAAAGAUACAUGGCAUACAGCGUCCAUCCCUCACCGAGGCAUCCCGUCUAUCCGUGUUUCAGACGGCCCAAGCGGAGUGCGAGGGCGCCGCACCUUUCAAGCUUCACCGACAACAUGUUUUCCUUGUCCAAUUGCACUAGCUUCAACAUGGGACGUCAAUCUAGUGAAAGAGAUUGGGACCCAAAUGGCAGGGCAAGCGAAAGCACAAGGUGUCCACGUGAUACUGACUCCUACAAUCAACAUUCAGCGGUCUCCUCUUGGAGGAAGGAAUUUCGAGUCCUUUUCAGAGGACCCGGUGCUCAGUGGCUCUCUAGCCUGCAGCCUUGUCAGUAGCAUUCAACAUGAAGGUAUUGCAACAACAGUGAAGCACUUCGUAUGCAAUGACCAAGAAAGCCAGCGCACAAAAAUCGAUGUUAUCGUCGAGGAAAGAGCCUUAAGAGAGAUCUAUCUCAAGCCAUUCCAAAUAGUGGUAAGGAAUGCUCGGCCUUGGGCUAUCAUGGCGUCAUAUAAUCGCGUGAAUGGCCUCCACGUUAGUGAAAACCCUCAUCUUCUUGAGAAGGUUCUUAGGAGAGAAUGGGGGUGGGAUGGGGCUAUCGUAUCUGAUUGGUUCGCAACCUAUUCAACUAGCGAGGCUCUGAACGCCGGUCUCGACCUUGAAAUGCCAGGUAAGGCGGAAUGGAGAGGUAAACUGGUUAUGAGAUCGCUGCAUGCUGGCAAACUUGAAGCCCCGGUCCUCCAACAAAGAGCACGAAAUGUUCUUAACCUCGUCGACAAAACGCGUGCCUCCGGCGUCCCUGAGGACGCUGAAGAGUGGGAGAACAACACCCCUGAAGUGAGAGAAGCAAACAGAAAGGCUGCGACUGAAUCAGUUGUGUUGCUGAAAAAUGCUGCAAAGCUCCUUCCAAUCAGGGCACCUGGCCGCGUCGUGAUAAUUGGGCCCAACGCCAAGGAAGAUCUGUAUUGUGGAGGUGGAAGCUCAACGGUAUUCCCCUACUACUACAUCUCUGCAUAUGACGGCAUUAAAAGGGCUCUGGAACAGCAGAGUCCAUCUAGUGAGCUAGCAUUUGCUCAAGGUUGUUACAAGCACGCACUGCUUCCGCUUCUGUGCACAGAGUCUGCAGAUGGACAGAAGGGACUGGAUUUGCAGUUCUUUGAUCGUGACUUCACACAAACAUCAGAUGCUCAAAAAAUUGCAGGAACUCGUUCGCUCACCUGGAGGCUUGUUUUUCUGGACAGUUUGCCGAAGGCGGCUCUUCCUUCAGUAUAUGGUCACUUUAGCGGAGUGUACAUAGCGCCAAGCGAUGGCGACUUCGAAUUUGGCGUUGUUACCACGGGAAAAGCAAAGCUCUACAUUGAUGGAGUCCUCCUUGUAGACAAUUGGACCAAACAGGAAAGAGGAGAUCACUUCUUUGGACUUGGCACCAAAGAAGUUCGCGGGACGAUUAAGUUGACGGCGGGGUGCCAGUACAAGGUCGUCACUGAGUAUUCCAAUAUGAGCAGCCUUUCCGACAGAACUGCGGCUGAUCUAGCUGGUGGCAUCUUGCGAUUAGGGGUGUCCCAAGUUAUCAGCCCCGAGGCACUCCUCAAUGACGCACUUGAAGCUGCAGCUUUAGCUGAUACGGUAAUAUGCUGCAUUGGAACAGAUCAGGAACAUGAAAGUGAAGGCUGGGAUCGGAAGGACAUGAAAUUACCUGGAUCACAAGAUCAACUUGUCAAGGCGGUGUUGGAGGCGAACCCGCGGACCGUAAUUGUGAACAUCUCCGGCAGUCCAGUGGAGAUGCCCUGGAUUGAUGAGGCUUCUACAGUGGUUCAAGGAUGGUUUAUGGGGAGUGAACUGGGCAAUGCCUUGGGAGAUGUUCUCUUUGGCAGAGUCUCUCCCAGUGGCAAGCUCUCCGUAACUUUCCCGCGACGGUUAGAGCAAAACCCAUCGUAUGGCAACUUCCCGGGUGAAAACGGCCGGGUGAGGUAUGCUGAAGGCAUAAUGGUUGGUUACAGACACUACUCCACCCGACAUAUACCCACUCUAUUUCCUUUCGGCCACGGUCUAUCAUUCACGGAAUUUAAAUACAGCGAGCUUUUGUUCGAAGGUGACAACAUGCUGCACCCCAAUGGAGUCGUGUCGGUGUCUCUCACACUUACGAAUAUUGGAAACUUUACCAGCCAUGAGAUUGUUCAACUAUAUGUGUCUGCCCUCACUUGCUCGACGUUUCGCCCGCUUCUGGAAUUGCAAGGCUUUCAAAAAGUUCGGGACGUGCAACCUGGAGAAAGCCGCAAAGUGACAUUCAAUAUCGACAAGUACGCGGUGUCAUGUUAUGAUGAGAGGCAAGACAAUUGGAUGGCAGAAGCUGGCAAAUAUCGCGUGUCUGUUGGGGCUUCCGUCGGGGACCUGAGGCUGGCUACUUUCAUCCAGGUGCCGGCAACUUUCCACUGGUCAGGAUUAUAA